GAACAGUGAUAGUGAAACUGUCCCAGCAGGACACUAGAAAGACUGUGUGAAUUUAUACAGGCAAACUCAUUCAACUACCAGCCAUGGCCAAAAUAACAGAAGAGGUCCUCUUAGAGAAAGGGACUCCCAGAGCAACGAAACUACAGCAAAUAAAGACAUUAAACCUAUCUCGACUGGGAUUAAAGAUUAAAGACAUGCCAGUGUCUCUCCUGUCCCAGCUCACGGGUCUGGAGGACCUGGACCUUUCCGGGAAUCUGUUGCAGCACAUGCCCGAAGGACUCUCCCUACCAUCCCUGAGAGUGCUGGACCUCUCGGACAAUGACAUGGAGGACAUCAUGUCUCUUCAGUCCCUGGACGUGCUGGAAGAGCUGAAUCUUGAGGACAACCUGUAUCUCACGCUAAAUGAUCAGCACAAGGCGAUAUUCCUCCUGCCCAAGUUGAGAAUGUUCAAUGGGAAGGAUAUUAGCUCGCAGGCCAACCAUAUUCGCCACGUCGCCAGUGGGAUUCUGAGGAAAAGGGUUGUUGAAAUAUGGGAGGGGAAUUUUAAACUUCCAAGUCCACCAACACCUGAGAGCCUGUCCAAGGUGGAGAAGAGCUUUAUCAAUGACGCUUGUCUCCGAGUCAAAUAUGGCCCUAGCUCACUGAGUCUCUACACAAAGUGGAGGGUGGAGAUGAUUGCUAGAGAACACUUCCAGUCUCUCAUCCCAACAAAAGAAACCAGCAGAGCUCAGAACGGGCCCUCUGCUGCCAAGGACAACGGGGUUGCUCUCACUCCAGUGAAGAGAAAAUUGACAGAGGAAGCAGAGGACGAUAAAGACGAGUCCGAUGUCCGCCAAGUCCGCUGCACGCCAAAGAGGGCUCGAGCUGCAGCCGCCGUCGUUGAAACUCCCACUAAAGACAGUCCCCGAAAAUCAUCCGACAUUCAGAUCACCCCAAGGAAGGUUGGCAGACCACCUAAAAAUAAAAACGACACUGAAAAGGAACAGACCACCCCAAGAAAGAUUGGCAGACUGCCUAAAAAUCAAAACGACACUGAAAAGGAACAGACCACCCCAAGGAAGGUUAGCAGACAGCCUAAAAAUAAAAACGACACUGAAAAGGAAUCGGCCACUCCCACCAAGCGCCAGUCAGCCACCCUGAAGGAGGAGGUGAAACCAAGCACACCACAAAAGAAGCAGACGAGAACCCAGCCCAGGACGGGCACCCCACAGAAACCCAUCCAGAGGAUCUCGGAGGACCCUGUGUGUCUGCAGCCCAUUCAUGUCCUGCAGUGCCACAGCAAGCAGGAUGACCCUUUUGACUUCAAGACACAGCUCUGGGCCUGUGCGUUUGAGCCCGCUGCAGACAGCACAGAGGGGGAGAGCACAGUGGCCACGUGUGGAGGUGAAUCUAUAUGUCUGAUCGACUGUGAGAUGGGCACGGUGCUGAAGAAAUACAAAGUCCCUGGAGAGGAGUUCUACUCCCUGGCCUGGUCCUGGCUCCAGAUGACAGUGAAGGGUGCCUCCUCCAGGCCCUGUAGCAUCCUGGCCGCUGCAGGGAAGAGAGGCAUGGUCAAGCUCAUCCACCCCAAGGCCAACCUGGCAUUCGGGGAGUUCAGGACCAGCCGGCGAUCCGUCUCCAUCCUCCGCUUCAGCCCCUGCCACAAGAGUUACCUUUUCGCUGGGAGUUAUGACAACAAGAUCUCUAUGUGGGACAUUGGCACCAUAGACACGGACUACAAUUUCAAAGUCAGUCAGCUCCUGGUUCUGGAGACUGACUCCACCCCUCUGCAUCUGGCCCUGCCCCCAUCCUCCGCCGAUAAACACCUCAUUGCAGCAUGUGAUGACGGACUGCAGUGUUUCAACAUUCAGCUCAAUGCCAACACACAGAAAAGGACAAUGCAGAUGGAAAUAACAUUUCCUGUGUAUGAGAAGAGGGACAAAACAAACAACUACCGCACAAUAGAUGGCCUCUCUUUCCUGUCAGAUGAUGUCGUGGCUUCCAAAAGCCACAUGCAAGGUUCCAUCUACCUGUGGAGCUGGAGCCAAACGCUAGCCUCGUCCUCCAAGAAGGACAAGGUGACCGCAAAAAUCCUUGCAGAGCUGCAGUGGUCUGACACCGAUGUUCCUUACCUGUCACUCAACACCUGUUCCAGUCACGGCUAUGCAGUGUGUGGAGAUGACAAAGGAAGGCUGUGGACGUACCACAUGACAGAACGCAUGAAGGCAAAUUUCAAAAGUGGGAAACCUAUUUCUACGACUGAGGUUCUUGAGUGGCCGGCCCCUGUGCUAGAUGGCCAGGGCACUGUGGAGGGCCCCUCCAUCAACUCAGUGGUGAUGUCCCAGGACCUACGCUACCUGGUGGCUCUCAGUGACAAGAACAUGGUGGUGAUCUGGAAGAAGACGUCCUGAGAGUGGAGUACUGGUGGGCCGUAUUCAAGGGACCCCCUCAAACGUCAAUGGACGAACUCACACACAUGCACAUACAGAGGGAAGCCGACGGAGGGACAAAGGUGUCAGUUAUCCUGUGUCCAGGGACAAACGGGACCCGACAUUGGGUUUUCAUUACCUUGUGUGUUUUGGAAGGGGGGCCUCUCAGAUGACUUUCUCCUGGGUCAGGCUAUCAGCAGCCCUGUGUGCAUAGAGUUUUGUUUUGGUUUUGGGUGCUUGUCCUUAGCAAUCCAUUUUAAAAAGUGACGUAAGUCCAGCAGUGCUGCACAUUGUUUUUUUUUUUUAUUACUGUUUUUAUUUUUAAUGUUUGCAUGGAUAUCAUGUGAUGUGUGCCCUCCCCUCUCGGAACAGAAAAACAGAUAAUUGCACUCUGCACAUGUACAGAUGUAGAAAUUGUGCAUACACCUUCUGCAGGUCUUGUCUCGCUCCGUGAAAAUGUGUAUUACAGUGUAUUAAAAGGGCACUGUGCAUUUCAAGGAAAACGUUGUCUUUGUAUUGUUUUAAUUGCCUAACACACAAGAUUACUUACAACCCAAAGAUGCAUUUGAACUGCAAUUUGACCAUGAUGCAAAAUACAGGAACACUGAAAGUGGUACCAAUUGUUGCCAAUCACUGGACGAUUUAUUUUGUUGUGAUUUUAGAAUGGUACCUCAAGAAAUACAGACAGAAAAAUGCAACCUGUUGUAAAAUUGAUGGG